AUGGCUGAAGCCCAGCCAGUUCAUUUCUUUGACCUCUUCUCAGAUCUUCCAGGUCCACCUCGUCUUCCCCGAAUCGAACUACUCACACUGACGUGCUGCACCCUAGGUCCCUCCAAGUCAUGGUCACACAACACGUUGAAGAUCAGAGCAGUCCUCAACUUCAAGGAAAUACCUUACACGCAGAGCUGGAUCUCGUACCCGGACAUCAAGCCUCUGGCCAUAAGCCUAGAUCUACCGCCAAACAAGCAGGGUAGACUUUACACAUUGCCGAUAAUCCUCCACGAGUCCUCGAUAACCUCGAAUCCAAGUGGAGCCAUGAUGGAUUCACUGAAUAUUGCGCUUCAUCUCGAUAAGGUGUUUCCAUCUCCGCCACUAUUCCCUUCCGGUGAUGUCAGCUACGCACUGUUCAUUGCUGUAGCCAAGAUUAUGAGUCUCCUGGAGCCUGGUUUCCGGCCGUUCAUUAUUCCCAGAGUUGCGGAUCAUCUCGACCCCCGGGGACACAAAUAUUUUCAUGAGACGCGGUCUGCUGCUCUCGGAAAGCCAUUGUCAGAGGUACGACCGACGGACAAGAAUAUCAUCGACGAGUUGUGGAAUAUAGUAGAGAUUGAGUCAGUCGCGUUGAUCCGGAUGCUGAAGGGCAUGGAAGGGAAGGAAGGGCCAUUCUUUGAAAGCCAUAAGCCCGGAUAUGCGGAUCUAUUCUUGGCUUGUCAAUUGGCAUUCAUCGAGCGCUUUGAUAAGGAUCUGUUCGGAAAGUUCAUGGAUUUGGGCGAUGGCGAAAUCGCGGCACUCUACAAUGCUUGUCUACCAUGGUUAGAGGGCCAAGGCGAGGAUAGGCAGUGGUCGAUUCCCCCAGAUACUUCAUCCUGA